GCAUUCAGUACGCAAAUAUCUCGAGGAAUUUUUUUUUCGUAUUUUCGAUGCUCUUCUCACCAGCAUACUAGUCGCAGGAGGUUUGCCUCCUCCUUCGUCGCCCAUUGCCAUGAUUGGAGAACGUACGCCUAUUGUCUGUUGAAAAAAACGCCAGGAAUUGUCGCACAUCCUCGACAGACGAGAUUGAACUGUAGCAUUCGCGAACAACUUAAGUUAGCUUUACUGGCAUGGAAGCUGUAUGAGCUUCAAUCAACGGCCGGGUCUUCUGUGUGGAAAAGUACCUUAAGAAUAGAAUCGCAUAUAUGGGAGGAGAAAAUGGUUCAAGUGUCAGGCUAUAGACCUUAGUCAAGGGUGUGGAUAUCUGGAGCUAGAAGGGCACAAGGUACCCGCUCCCGUGAAACUCAAAGAACUCGUAUCGCCGUUCUAGCCUUCUAGGAAGCCGCUUGUGAGGAUGAAAAUAACGGUGUUGUAGCGCCCCGUACAGAUAUGGAGAUACGACGUACAUCUGUUUCAAGACAAGUCUUUUUCCGCAAGGUUCGGAUAUCAAGAACUGUGGCUUUGAAACCAGACGAGUAUCGCCCUCUAUCAGCCAUCUGAUCUCAUGGAACCGAGCUAUCACUCAGCUUAAUCCCCUUGUUGCCCGUUUACCUAGUCGAAGUAAUAGCGGAUCGCCAGUAAGUGUUUGUCCUGAUUUGAAUACAUUGGCAAAACAUCGUGGUCUGAAGGCGAGUGCUUCCGGUUUCCUCCACUUUCGUUCUCCCAUUCUAAAAUAUACCGAUUCUCCCAUCUCCCACUGCCAAUCGUUGACACGAGUAUGCGGACCCAUAAAAUGAUAUGUUCAUCUCGUUUCGAGGGUCAGUAAACGGCUCACAAUUCUGCUUGAAAUGGCGAGGCCUCUUCGGAUCCUAGAGCAUCGCCCGUUGUAUACUCGAAUCGUUCCUCAAUUGUCUUUCGGGCAAUAUCGGAAACGGUCAACUCGGAUGUUGAAGAUCCCGCUGGACGGCUCGCAAUACCGAUCCAAACGAUGGGCUCUCUUCGGAUCUUAGAGCAACGCCUGCUGUGUACUCGAGUCAUUCCUCAGCUGUCUAUCGGGAAUGGUCUCGGAUUUUGAAGAUACCGCUGGAUAGUAGCCAUAAUCAUCCGCCGAGGGUUGAUACAAAAGCAGGCACUUGGGGUGCACCCACAUUCGCAAAUUCAGCCCUACUAAGUAUUAAAAUAUGGGCCCUUCUGUUUUAGUUGUUGGUUCAGGACCAGCGGGUCUGGUAUUAGCCUUGACACUCCUCCGAAAUGGCGUUUCUGUCAGGAUCAUCGAGAAGAACGACGCCAUUUUUGUCGGGCAACGGGGAGCAGGUUUGAUGCCGCGAACUCUAGAAAUGUACAAAUUCCUUCAAAUUCUUCCUCAAAUUGAGGCCAAGUGCACCACGAUACCGCCCUUCCGUAUGUACACGUCUCCCGAAGGCGACAAACCAGUCAAGGAAAUGCCCUUCGUUGAGGAGUUAGAGGGUAGGCCUCAAUAUUAUCGUAUCAAUGCCGCCUUUUUUGGACAAGAUGAACAUCAAGCUUUCUUAGCCGAGGUUAUAGAGAAGGAAUACCCUGGAACUCGCGUCGAAUUCUCGACCGAGCUCACUACGUUUGAGCAGCACGGGGAUCAUGUGGUAGCACACCUCUACAAGAGCAAGAGUGACGAGACCGAGGUCAUCAAUUUCGACUUCGUCGUAGGGGCUGACGGAGCACACAGCACAGUCCGCAAGAAGCUUGGUCUGAAGUUCCUGGGGGAAACAUAUUCUGAAAACGAGCUGGUUAUCGGGGAUAUCGAGAUCACGAAGGGAUACGAUCCUUCUCAUGUGAAGACCUGGGGGUCUAUGGGGGAUAAGAUGUUGUUUCUACGUCCGUACCGGAAGGAUGGCAAAGAUUUUGGAUGGUUCCUACUCGGCGGUGUGAAUGUCGACAUUCAAAAGGCAGCGAGCGAUCGUGUUCAUCUUGUUCACGCGUUCUACGACAUCAUUGGGAAGAGGAACAUCCAGUUUGGAGAGUUGAAGGCGUCGGCUGCCUGGCGAGCCAAUGUCCGUAUGGCAGACAAGUUUGGUGAAGGCCGAGUUUUCGUCACUGGAGAUGCUGGCCAUGUACAUAGUCCGACCGGUGGACAAGGCCUUAAUUCUGGUAUUCAAGAUUCGGUCAACCUCGGAUGGAAACUCGCUCUGGUUCAGAAAGGUCUCGCUCCGAUGACCCUGCUUGAUACUUACACGACAGAGCGAAUCCCAGUUAUCGCUUCGAUGCUCAACAAGACUACGGAUAUCAUGCGCAAGACGUUUACCAAAUCUCAGGACGCCGUGGGAUGGCAAGGUUGGGUUCGUGGAUGGGAGAUCCGACAGCUUGGAAUUAAUUAUCGCGGAAGUCCGAUUCUUGUCGAUGAACGAUACACGGAUUCAGAUGAACCUGUUGAUCCGUAUCGUUCAGGGCUAGACGAGACUGUGCAUGCUGGUGAUAGGGCACCGAAUGCGCCGGGCUUGGUUGUACCGGGGAAGGAGGGGAAGAUUGAUUUGUUUGAUGUUCUGGAUGUGGUUUCUCAUACCGUCAUCGUCUUCGAGCCGGAGCCGGAGCCUUCGUUGGUAUCCAGGCUCAAAGAGGAGGUUGAUGGCUUGGUGGAUUCGUACCCGCGAGGAUCCGUCAAGAGUGUCGUUAUCUACCCACAGCGUGCUGAACUUCUGUCCCUUGCCAAGGAUGGUUCGGUGCUCGUAGAUGGCGAGGGUUACGCUCACGAGCACUACAAGGUCAAGCAGGACGAAGCGAUCGUUGUUGUCGUCAGACCAGAUGGGUAUAUUGGAGCCGUGGUACGGGGUAGUUCUGGUGUGAAGGAAUACUUUACGCGGAUUUUCGUUAAUUAAUAAUUUCCUUUUUUUUCUUGCAUCUGCCAGAGAAUAUCGGACCCCUUAUUGUACAGUUUUAGACAUAUAAUGUACUCGCCUGGAACCGUAAUAUUUUAUUAUUCAUAUAAUUCCAUGACCGCUG